AUGGAUUUAGAUAAUGUUGAGAGUUGGAGUUCGGAGCCCGAUGUGUGCCGGUGCUGUUUGUCUGCAAGCGGAACGUGGGAUAUCACCGCUUCUUACAUCACGGAGGCCGGAAGCAAAGAGGUCUAUCAUGAAAUGUUACGAGAGUGCUUUGGGAUUUCGAUGUCAUACAUCACAGAGUGGGGUCCCAGUAGGAUGGUAUGUGACCUCUGUGUAGGGCACUUGAGAGAUGCUUGUAGUUUCCGCAAACAAGUCGAAGAGGCGGAGCGGCAUUUUGUUGCUUUUUGUAGCAGCAGAAAAGAUAUUUUCAAGCCGGUUACAAUAAAGACUGAGUCAGAAGAUAAACCAAAUAGUCCACAUUGUGAUGACAAUUUUGACGAUACCAUUGAAGAUGACUACAAAGAUAUUUUCAGAACGAAUUCCAAUAUUAUAGUUAACAAUUCACAUGAAAAUGAACUUCGACCAAAAAGAAAGAGACAAAAAAUGACUUUGAAAGGCAAAAGAAAGAGAAAGGUGAUAAGCAAAGAGGAUACGGAUUCUGACACUCCUAUAGCUGAGUUGUCGAAGAAAAAUGUGCCUAAAGUUGAAGAGGAUAGGGUUGAAAACGAUUUGAAUUGUGCCAGAGUGAAUGAGGUGGGAGAUAAUGAAAUUUUUGCAGUUAAUGUUGGUUCACUGCAAAUGAAAACCCAAAAUGAAGCGAAACAAAUAUCGGAAAGAAAACGAGUGAUGCUUACUUGUGACAUCGUUCUUAGAGGCACAAACGCGUGCCCCUUUAGACAUCACAAGAGCUGGUUCCAAUGCUUCUUUUGCCAACAAGACUUCAUGGAAAUAAACCUCCUUAGAGACCACAUGCUGGCAACCCACGCGGACAUAGACGUUGAAAUAAAAAAGAUAAAACGUUACCCGCGCUCUUUGCAGAUAGAAAUUUCAAAUCUCGAAUGCCGCCAAUGUCACUUGAAUUUGACAGAUGUCAUUUCGAUGUGCCGCCAUUUUGUAGACGUACACAAAAAGGUUAUAUACAAUGAGUGUAUAGCUGAUUAUAAAGUUAAUGGUAGUCCGUAUUCUUGCCAUUUGUGCGGGCAACAGUUUCAUGUAUUCAGAACCUUAACGACCCAUUUAAACGAACAUUAUGCGAAUUGCAUAUGCGAUGUUUGCGGCAAAUCAUUUUUAAACUCAAAAAGAUUAAAAGUUCACAAGCGUACACACGAAAACGGCGACUUUCCUUGCACAGAAUGCGGGAAAGUGUUAAAAACUAAGACUUCCAAAGCGAAUCAUAUGGAAAGCGCGCAUUCUAACCGAGUUAUAAAAUGUCAGAUAUGUUUUAAACCAAUGAAACACUAUAACGAUAGGAUAAAGCAUAUGUCUGAGGCGCAUGACAUUACGCAUAAGUUCAAAUGUCAUAUAUGCAGUCGAGAGUACAAUAUAAAACAUUAUUUAGCGACACAUAUACGUCAAACUCACGGUCAAAAAGACAAAAGUUGUUCUGAGUGUGGAAUGGCCUUUAUAACGAAUCAUGGCUUAAAAAAACACAUGUUAAAGCAUAGUGGGGUUAAACCAUAUAGUUGUACUAUAUGUUGCAAGUCUUAUGCGAGGAGUUAUACGCUUAGGGAACAUAUGAGAGCUCAUGAGAGUGAUAAAGUUUGUUAA